GUUAGUGUCAAAGCUUAUGUCAUUUGUGUAACAUGGCGUCCAACGAAAAUAGCGAUUCUGAGAAAGUUUUGGAGUUUAAAAUUUACAAGUACUCCAGCUUCUCUUCGUCUUACGUGCCAGAAAAUAUCCUCGUAGAUAAACCGUCGGAUCAGACAUCGCGCUGGUCUUCCGAUAUUGACAAUCAUCCACAGUUUCUUAUAUUGAAAUUGCAAUGUCCGUCGAUUGUGAGAACAAUUACUUUUGGUAAAUAUGAAAAAACACAUGUCUGCAACAUAAAAAAGUUCAAAGUCUACGGUGGUCUAGAGCCAGAGAAUAUGAUGGAGCUUCUAGAGAGCGGAUUAAAAAACGAUUCUGUACCAGAAACAUUUGACUUGAAACAUGUAAUAGGAAAUGAGGAUAAUUAUUUCCCAGUUAGGUAUAUAAAGAUUUUACCAUUACAAUCUUGGGGUCCCAGUUUUAAUUUCUCUAUUUGGCAUGUACGAUUAACUGGUGUCAAUGAUCCUAAUAUUAUCAAACCCAACAUAGAGUGGUUCAAUGUGUAUCGUCAAAAAGAAGUAAUUAGACUGUGCAUGAAGCACUUCAGAAGACUGGAACAACCCAAAAUAGUAGAAACUUUGCAAAGAGUUACAGGGGUUCCACUGGAAGAUCUUAGAUUGACAGUAUUAUACGAUUUAUUGGUCACAAAGGGUGAUCAUCUGCAAGCAGAACAUUUUAUAAGUAAUGUUGUGAUGAUGGGUCUUCUGAAUGAUUAUAUCAAUGCUCAAACGUACACAGCAGUUUGGACUAAAUUGUCGACGGAUGAUCCCAAGCCUGGAAUGAGAGGCGGUCAUCAAAUGGUGCUCGAUUCGAAUGCGGAAAUCGUAUAUCUCUACGGAGGGUGGGAUGGUAAUAAAGAUCUUUCAGACUUGUGGGCGUAUAAUAUAGCCACUAACAGGUGGACCAUCAUAUGUCAGGAUACCGAAGCUGUGGGUGGUCCGAGUGCGAGAUCCUGUCACAAAAUGUGUCUUGAUCCUGAACGUCGACAACUUUUUAUCCUCGGAAGAUAUUUAGAUACGCAGUAUAGAAAACAAGAGAACGUGAAAAGUGAUUUUUUCGUUUACGAUAUCGAAUCAAACAAAUGGACUCAAAUAUCGGAAGAUACAGAAGCGGUGGGUGGACCGGAGCUAAUUUUUGAUCAUCAAAUGUCUAUGGAUGUCGAAAAGCGAACCAUUUACAUUUUCGGUGGACGUGUUGUCAUUUACCCGACCGUUCCCGAUGAAUAUGAAUAUCGUAUGAUACCAAACACGAUCGAGCCAAUUUUUUCUGGAUUGUACUCGUAUCAUGUACCUACCGGUACGUGGACGAAAUUGGCCUGCGAUAUUGCCAGACCAUGCCCUCCUAAUGUACCAACCAUUAGAUCCAGAGCUGGCCACUCUAUGCUGUUUCACCCGGGAUCGAGAAAACUGUAUAUUUUCGCUGGUCAGAGGGGUAAAGAAUAUUUGAACGACUUUUUCACUUAUGAAAUCGAUACCAAUCACAUCGAGCAUAUAAACUUCAACGAUAGCAGUUCGAAAGACUCGAAUCACGUUCCGGCCGCUGGUUUUACCCAAAGAGCGACGAUCGAUCCUGAAUUGGGUGAAAUUUACGUUUUAUCGGGGUUGAGUAAAGACAAGGAUAAACGGAACGACAAUGUACAAAAUUCUUUCUGGGUUUACAAUAUCGAGAGCAACAAAUGGUCUUGCAUUUACCGACACGAGAAUGUCGGAGAGAAAUACUGGAAUAAAAUGCAGGAUUAUGUACCGUGCCCGCGAUUCGCGCAUCAGUUGGUUUAUGAUCACAUGAAGAAGGUAUAUUUCUUAUUCGGAGGAAACCCAGGAAGAUCUUGUCUUCGAAACUUGCGACUCGAUGAUUUUUGGCAGCUGAAAUUAUGUAGACCUUCACAGGAACAGAUUUUGAGAAGAUGCAAGUUGUUAAUUAGGAAGCACAAGUUUAAAGAGCUGGCCUUGAACAACAGCGUCGAAGCGCUCGAAUAUUUACAGACCAAAGUGUCGGAGAUUAUCGAUCAUAACGAUGUGGAACAAACGAAAGAGUUUCAAUUGUUAACGUCUAUUCUAUUCAGAGAACAAAACUCGUUGUUAGAAGAAGCCACGAAUUCGAACAGUUCAGGCAGCGUAUUAGGAAAUUUAGUUAACAUAGGUGCGUCGAUGUACUCUCCAACCAGCCGCGAUAUUCACACACUAAGAACCGAAUUAUACGAUAAACUGACAGAAUUCUUUCCGGAGUCGUUGACAGAACCGCGCGGACACUUGAUAGAUCUUUUACCAUUAUGAUCCAACACCGCUUAAAAUCCGAUUGAAUACCGUCUGAACAUAUAAAGUAACCCCAUAUAGCACAUGACGCCUCGAAGACGCCGAUUUUACGGCUAUUUUAGGUCUGAUGCGUCUUCAAAACAGUCUUCGAGGCGUGACGUGUUAUUCGGGAAAGAGAUUCCUUUUGUUUUCUUGCAAUGGUGUUUACUACGCGACACUGCAAUGUGAUUUUAUCUUUAAAAAGGGAAACGUUAUUUUUAUAUAGUGAAUUCUUUGUAUCGUUUUAAAAAGAAAAAGGAUUUACACAGCAC